AUGUUGGCACACAUAGUGAUCCACCUACUAUCGCUAGCCUCGACCCAUUCCCACUCGCUAUUGGUGGUCUCGACAGUGGUGUUUCUCAUAUGGAAGCUCUAUGUUUUCCCUCUCCAUGUGUCUCCGUUGAAAAACGUCCCUGGUCCAUACUUCCACAGAAUAUCCACUCUUCCUUCCAUCUGGGCCCAGUAUCGACAUAGGUGGGUGAGAACUAUCCAUGACUUGCACCAGAGAUACGGCGAUGUCGUCAUUCUUGGGCCUCAGGAGGUCUCAUGCAAUGGUGACUUGCGCUACAUCAACGACAUCUACGUCAAGAACAUGCCCAAGCUGGCCUUUUACAAGCACUUCCAGAACCAUGGCUACGACAAUGUGUUCAGCACAAUUGAGAACGGUCCUCACUUGAAGUACAAGAAGAUGAUGCUGGGUCUUUACUCGAAGCUGACGAUCCUCUCGAGUCCGGCUACUCGAGAGCUUCUCGUGCUGAAGGCUCGUGCGCUCGUGGACCGUGUGCACUUGUCCUCGGUUACCGCUUUGGAUCCUGAUUGGAUCAAUGCUCGUCUGGAGCUCAAUCACAACGGGAAAGGAUACAAGGAAGGGUCAAAUGAAUGGUUCAACCAAAAAAAUAAGGUUACUGGCAUUGGGAUCGAUGUUUACCUAUUAUUUGGUGCUCUUGCAAUGGAUGUGAUUUCGGCGUUUGAGUUGGGGGUCAAGAACGGCACUGACUUCCUCAAUGACGCAUACAGAAGGCAAGUCUUGGUAGAUUUCAGAACCAAGGAGCUUACGACCCUCGGCUCGAUGCUUUUCCCGCUGCUCUCCUGGCUUCUUGCUGGCCCAAGAAUAGCACAGGCACUGAAAUCUGUCGAGCGAUGGCUUCUUUCCACUUUCAGAAACGCUGAGCUCGAUCCAGAGGUCUCCAGACCCACUACAUUUUCUACCCUCAAAAAAAACGGUGUUACCGGUAAAAAGGCGUACUCUUUCCUCAGUGAUAAUCUCAUUGCCGGCCACGAAACCUCUGCAAUUGCACUCACAUACAUCUGCUAUGAGCUUUCACGUCCAGUAAACCGAUACAGACAAGAGCUUCUUCGGAACGAGAUCCAAAGUGUUUUCGGCCCUCCCGACAGAGGCAGAACUCUUGACGCCAUCGAGCAGAUUGACCAACUUCCGUACAUGGAAGCUGUCCUCAAGGAAAACUUCAGAGUACAUACUUCAGGUGCUGGAUCCAUGCCCAGAGUGACUCCCUCAAGCUACGAAGUUCACACCUCCAAUGGUCCGGUGAGCUUGCCUAAAGGCACAACUGUUCUGUGCCAGGCGUACUCCUAUCACCGCAAAGAGGACAUAUUUCCACAUCCUGACCGUUGGAUUCCUGAAAGAUGGCUACCUCAGCCAGGUGAGACCGAAGCAGCCUUCAAGAUAAGGAAGACGCACAUGGCAAAGCAUCUUUUGCACUUUGGUAAGGGCAUUCGUAUGUGCUUGGGGAAAGAUUUGGCUCUCAUUGAUAUUAAGUUGGCAUUGGCGAACUUGUACUGGCGCUACACUUCUCAAAUCUGCUCAGACUGGUGUGAAGUUACUCAUUACGAUGAUGCCGUGAAAGUAGGCAAUGAGGUUAGGCUAGGCGAUGCAUUACCAGCCCAAAAUACCGAUGAGGAAAUGAUGGGAAUGGUCGAUGGGUUGUCGGCAAAACCUCGCUGUGACGAAUGUUGGCUCGAGUGGGUUGAGGUGCACUGA